CUGAUCGCCUCGCCUCCUGACCAGCUCACCUCAGCCAUACUCAUCUGCACACAUCUAAAGGCCCAUAUUCCACCAUGGUCAACCCAAUCUUGACCCAUUUGAACUCUUUCACCGCCAGGAAGCAGGAUGAGAUGUGCAAAACUGGACAAUUCCCUGGUCUCAGGAACGAUCUCAUCUUGAGGGCAGCCAGGGGACAGCACACGGAGAGGGCACCAGUAUGGAUCAUGAGACAGGCGGGGAGGUAUCUGCCAGAAUUCCGCAAGCUGCGAGAGUCACAUGACUUCUUCACUUGCUGCCGUACUCCCUCCCUGGCAUGUGAGAUUACAUUGCAGCCCAUCCGACGCUACUCUGGUCUGCUGGAUGCAGCAAUCAUCUUCUCUGAUAUUCUCGUCGUACCUCAGGCUAUGGGUCUCGAAGUUGAGAUGCUCCCACAGAAGGGACCUCACUUCCCCGACCCCUUGGAGACACCCAAGGACAUGGACCGCCUCCACAAGAAGAUUGACGUCAACAAGGAGCUGGGAUAUGUCUACGAGGCCAUCACUAUGACCAGGAAGGAGUUGGCAGGAGAGGUGCCACUCAUCGGUUUCUGCGGUGCUCCUUGGACCCUGAUGGCAUACAUGAUCGAAGGCGGUGGAUCCAAGGGCUUCGAAAAGGCAAAGAGGUGGCUCUUCGACUACCCCGAAGAGUCCAAGGUGCUCCUGCAAAAGAUCGCAGACGUCUGCGCCGACUUCCUUGUAGGUCAAGUCAAGGCUGGAGCUCAAAUGGUUCAGGUCUUUGACUCUUGGGCGGGAGAGCUGUCGCCAGCCAACUUCAGGACUUUCUCUCUGCCUUACCUGAGGAGCAUCGCCAGUACCGUCAAUGAGAGGCUCGCCUGCUCUUCCACUGCCUGUGUGCCCAUGAUCAUCUUUGCAAAGGGAGCGCUGGGUCACUCGCUACCUGAGAUCUCAAGGGCAGGAUACGACGUCGUGGCACUCGACUGGACCGUUGAGCCAGCUGUGGCUCGCCGGGUUGUGGACCUCGCUACCCCAGGAAGUGCCGCCAAGAUCUCGAAGGGAGCAGCCGACAACGAGGCGGCUCACAGAAUCGCUCUGCAGGGUAACAUGGAUCCCAGUGUCCUCUACGCAAGCAAGGAGGCCAUUGAGAAGGAAGUGGAGAGGAUGCUGCGGAGCAAGAAGGGUGGAUUCGGUGGCGAGGGAGCGUACAUUGCCAAUCUGGGACACGGCAUCACACCGGGAGUGGACCCUGAGAACCUCAAAGCUUAUCUCAAGGCCAUUCACAGGAUCAGCAGGGAAAUCAACUCGGAGAAGGGAGAUGAAUAAAGUGGCUGGGUGUGCUGCAGCGUAGGACGGAGUUGUAGCGAAGGUGUUUGGAAGGUCAUGAGCAGAUCAAGGAGAGGAACGCAGUGGGUGGCCUUGAUGAUACCCCCUCGGGCCUUCCGUAAGAAGUAGACAGUCGAGUC